GCAAUUGCGCAGCUCACAAUCUUAAUCGAUUAUUUUAAUAAAGAAUUCAGAUUCUAAUAGAAAGUGAGAUUGGGAUCGUUUUCUUACUCGAAUCAACUACACGGGGCUGAUUGAAGGGAGGAUGCUUUAAGGAAUUUGGUCUGGGGUUGGCUAGAAUGACGAUCAAAAUCAACUCAGCCCAUUCAAAGCAGGGAAUGUUGAUGGGGACAAGGUCAUACGAGCUGCCACACCUGAUUAAGAAUUUAACUCCCGUAAAAUUUCGGGAACAUUGCACGAUAGUUUCACUGAAUUUCUUGCGCAGAGAAAGCCCAGAAAGCAUACCAGGAACGUCCGCCUUGAUUACAUGAGCGUCGAUCGUUUCUAGCCAGUUGAUGUGGACAUUGCCCACGCCAGAGACAGAAGCAGGAUCGGGCCGAACAACGUGAUCGACAAAAGGUAGUGAAUCUCCCAAAAUAUUGACGUAUGAAAUUUCCCCCGAGGGAACUAUCACAGUUCGUAUAAUCUGAGGCAUGGCUCGAGCGACUGAUAAUUCAUCCCCCACAGGACCAGACGAACUUCUCGACACCUCAAACACAUUGAUGGGCUGAUAGAUGCUCGAGAUCGGAUGCAAGUAGUUCAUAUUCGCAGGCAGUGAAGAGAGUAAUCCACGGCACUUUCUAGUUGAUUAAUCCCUGCUCCCACAUUCGCCCAUACGCCGCGGAAAUCUGGUGCAGCAUGGAGGAGAAAAACCAUGAUUCGGCAAGGAGAGCACAUCUGAACCAGUUCCCGAUGAGAACGACUUCCGACGGCGGAAGGCCUUCCGACAAAAUCCCCGAUGGCCACAAGUGAAGCAGCCGAAUGCAAGAAUUGUCAUCGUGGACGAAUUGUGGAAGCACGACCUUCCCUUCGAGGUAAAUCGAGCGCUUGGAGAUUCGGAGGGGGUACAAAGGAGAAUCUGGGCACUUGUCUACCGACCAAUUACAUGCAAGCGCACAGUUCGAAAAUAUACAGUCUCGAUUUGUCCCGUAAUAUGAACGUGAACAUUCCAGGUUUUGAUUCAAUUGAAGCGCGACACGCGGCCCACACGAGAUCCAAAAGACAAACUACGACCAAUUGAGCUCGAGUGAUUUGAAAGUCCACGAUGCCCAAAGGCCCACAGCCAUGCAUGAAAGAGGAGCCAGACAGGGAGCCCGAGACUGUACGGCUAAAGCAAACGCUACCGUGAGCAGAGCCACUGCAUCCAUGAAAAGAGAGAUGUAGUGUACGGUCGCAUUAGUCAGUCGUCAUCACUUAUUGCUUCUGUUAUGGGUUUUAUUUUAUUGUCCUCUCAGUCAGAGAUGGUCCUGGGGCAAAUGCUAAAUGCGAAUGACGAAGCAUUCCAGUUUCGGAAAGUGCGGAAUUGAUAUCCCGGUCAGGAGCUUUUCUAUUUUCUAAUUUAUUGCCAUUGAUCACUAGUUAUCCCUUGACAUGAAUGUAUAUAUUCCUUCAUGCUCUAACCAGAAAACUGCUACGGGGACUGGACUUGAGCCUUGAGUUCAUCUCCGUUACUCGGUGCAGUGAAUGCUUACAUGAUUGCAGAUAAGAGGGCAUUUACUCAUGUUUUAUACUUU